GUUAUUGUAUAAGAAUUAAUACUCGAUCACAUGUGCUCAUAACAUAGACGAUGCAUGAUACAAUUUAGCUAUAUAUAACCAACUUAUAAUGAUCUGAGAGAGUAUAGUGCCCACAUUUGUCACUGUUUUUUUUGUUUUUGUUUUCUAGUAUAUAGUGUAUAUAACGGUGGUGGGUGGGUAUUGGUACCUGUAUUUAAAACUGUUUCAGCCAUGUGAUCGGGCAAGGGGGCAAAAGAUGUUCCAGAACACUGGAAAGUGUAAACGGAAAACUACACACAGUGAAACCCGGACACAUGAUUUCUUUUGCUUAGCAGAGACCAAUGUUCAAACUGUGCCCAGUGGAGAAGACUGCAUUGGUUUACAGAAUUCAGGCCUUGGUAGGAAAAAAAUAACAUUUGCAGACAAAAAUUGAGGAUUUUCUGAACUAUGUGAAACUCUGUUUCUGUGAGAGAACUGAGAGUGGCCUGAACCAGGCAAUGGCCUAUAUUCGACCACUUCAGAAAAACCUGGAGAGCAUUGCGAAGCGUGAGGCUGAAGAGUGUCAAGAGGUGGUCAUGCAGAAGUGCAAGAGGUGUGAAAAAGAUAUCCCUAUGCAAUGCCUUUCAGAACACAUUGAAAACUGUGGAAGACAGCCUGAUGACACUGAUUUGGAAGAUGAUGUCGUUAUGGAGAUAUCUGAAGAGACUCAACCAUCUAUGUCAUCACAUGACAACACAUCCCAUGUUCAAAAUUAUUACAACAAGCACCAUGCUUCUUGUAGUGGACUGUACAGAGACUAUGUGGACCUUGUCAGUGAAGACAAUGUAUUUAGUGGUUCUGAAGAAGAGCAGCUGAAUAGAGCUCUAGAGGAAUCGCUAAAGGAAAGCUCGCAUGCAGCUGUUAAAUAUCCUACAAUCUCUGAGAGUUGGAAUCAAUGAAGAAGUCAUUCGCUUCAACUUAAACAGAAGAAAUGAGUGGGAUGGUGCUGUAAGGAGGCCAAACUUUUCAACCAACAAAAGAGUUGAUGUGAAAUUCACAGAUGAUGCUGGUGUUUCGGAAGGAGCAGUGGAUUUGGGAGGGCCAAUGAGGGAGUUUUUCAGACUAGUGCUGCAACAUCUAAGAAACAGCCCUAUGUUUGAUGGUCCAGAAAAUCAACGUACUCUCUCAUGCCAUGCAGAGUGUAAGUGUGUAAAUCAAUUUCAUUUUAUGUGCUGAAAACUAAAUUAUAAAAAUCCAGUAGUAGAUAUGGUGUGCCAAAUGUUCACAGUAUGUAUUUUUCAAAAGAGAACAGAAGGACGUGUGAUGACAUUAGAUACAAUUGUUUCUCUGGAGCCGCGCAUGAUGCAAAGCAAAUUUAAUCAACCAGCACUAUUUCUGAAAAUUAAAGCGUUUUUCAGAAGCUGCUUUGGUAGAAUGUUGUUUGCAUGACAGAAACAAAUAUAUUAUACAUAACAAAUGCAAUUGCAUGAAAAUGCUGUUAUUAACUACGAUUUCCAUUGAAAUCACGGGCAUUAUGUUACCCCAUAGCCAACUAUAACAUGCAAUCCUUCAAAAUACAUUUGCUUCAUAAGUAAUAUUCAAUUUUUUUCUUUCUGGUAGCUUUGAAAAACAGCUAUUUCUAUGCAGGACAGUUGAUUGCUAUGAGCAUCGUACAUGGAGGACCAUCUCCACAUUUCUUUGCCCCAGUGUUGUUCCAGGCAGUAGCGUUAGGUCCAGACAACGUGCAUGCUGCAAUCGAGGAUAUAACAGACCCUGAUAUUAAAUGUCAGCUGUCAGAGGUAGGAGUGUAGCAUAUGUACACAAUUGGAU